GUGAUUUAUUUAGUUUUAGUAAAGAAAAAUUAGCAGCACUCAACCUUAAAGUUAAUGAGAGUAUUUGUGAAAUUUAUUGACACACAUUCGUUCUUGAUGGCAGUCACGGCGAGUUGCUGAACUUGUUUAAAGUGUUCACAUUGUUUCACGCUCUCAAAUAUUUGGGCAGGGUUUUCAUACGCUAGAGGAUUUACACGCAUUGUUUAAGAAGCUUCUAGCCUACAGUAAUGAGGACGUCGUUUAGAACCAGCCAACGCAAUGACAACCACGACAGCAACCACGCCAGCAACCACGCCAGCAACCCAGUCCACUGCGCCAUGCUCGGGGACGGGAUGAUCGGCAAAACGUCCUUAACAUUGUCCUACUCGACCAACCAUUUUAACGAUGAGUACACGGCCACAAUGCUGGACAGUUAUGAAGUGGCAGUUCACAACGACGGUCAACACUUCAUACUUAGUGUGCAGGACACAGCGGGACAGAGUGAUUUUGAAGAUUUGCGCACCUUGACGUACAAGGAUAGCGAGGUCCUGGUUCUUUGUUUCUCUGUCUGUGACAGGGAUUCGUUCAACAACAUCUUCACCUCAUGGAUACCGGAAAUCAAACGUCACACCCGACGCAGACGACCCAUCAUUCUUGUUGGCACCCAAACGGACAUGCGCACUGGGUGUCUGGAUUCAGAAGUGACGCAAGAGGAAGGUCGUGCGAUGGCCAAACUUGUGGGCGCCGUUACAUACGUUGAAUGCUCUGCUAAAAAUAGAUCUGGACUCCAUGAUGUUUUCUGCAACGUGCUGGGUAUCGCCAUGAGGAGAAGAAAAAGAAAAAAUAGUUUUUUGGGCAGACUUUUCCAGCGGUGAGACAAAAGAACAGACCAGACACAGAACUGAGAUUUACUGUUCAAUCAUACAGACCACCAAGGUUAGAUUUCAGAGUACUCGGUGCUGUCCUAGAGCCGAUGGUUUCUCUAAAUCCCGCGACUUAAGCUGAAUCGUCGUACCCGAAAGUUGAGCCAUAUCUGCCCAAGGGUCCGAACUCGAAACCUUUCUUUUUAGCAAGCAUAAGCAUUACCGACUCGACCACACCGAUUCCGAAAUAAAACAUUUAGGGCAGUUUGAAGUUUUGUUGUACUUCUUGUUCGUUACACUACAACAUGAACAACGAAUGCAAAAUCUAUUGUUUUAUAACAUGAACUAGUGGAAGCCUCUACACUGCCAGUUAUGUUUUCUUAUAUCCUGAGUUCUGUUAUCCACGUGUGUAAAUAGCCUACAUGUAUAGCUUUGCAAGUUUCGGUUUCGAACAUUUGUAAAGUAUGCAAUGUAAUAGGCAGACCUUGUGUAGGUGAGCAGUCUAGAGGCUUUGGUGCUAGCUCUUGGCCUAUUUUAAGAUUGUUUAUCUGGUCAGUUGAUUCACGUUGAGCUAGGGUUAUUGUAGUAAUAUGAACGUAUGUCAUCGUUAUAACAUGAUCUUAUGUUAUCAUUUACUAUAAGCAUGUGAUCGAUGUAAUAUAAGCUUGUUAUCAUUAUCAUACAAGCUGAAACAAAACAAAGAACAGUGCUGGUAGAAGAAGCCGAGUCUAAGUGUUAUAGAAGUUGUGUGUGUGUGGGG